AUCAACUAACAUCGUUUUGAAUUUCCAACCAACAUGUCUGCGCCCUGAAGGAUGCAGCUGAAGGCGUGAAGGUGCAGGACAAGUGGAAAAAGGCUGUCGAUAAAUAGUCCACUGACAUGAGACGGAUUUCUGGGGGACGAUAAAGACACAAUCGACGGUUUCUAAUUUCUAGGAGGUGUUUUCAGUUGAUGGACUCUCAACCAACUUGGAAGCAGAUUGACUAAGAUUGAACAGGAUGUCAAAGAUCUCCAAGGCUGCCAAAGCCGUGAAGAAAUUGGAUACAGGCAAUGUUAUCCGAGCUAUCGUAAGGUCAGGACAAGCAGCUCCCGGACCCCCACUUGGCCCCAUCCUGGGACAGAAAGGAAUCCCCAUCGGACAGUUCUGCAAGGACUUCAAUGAGAAAACCAAGGAGCUAAAGGAGGGCAUUCCUCUGCCAGUCAAGAUCCAUGUGAAGCCUGACAGGACGUAUGACCUGAAGAUCGGCCAGCCCACUGUGUCGUAUUUCCUCAAGCAAGCUGCUGGGAUUGCUAAAGGUGCCAGCAAAACAGGUGAGAGGUGCUGCUCGCAUUGCUCAGACGUUUUCUGUUACUUACUUGAAGUAUUUUCUGUUUUGUUUUUUCCUCUAGGGCAUGAGGUGGCAGGCAUCGUCUCUGUGAGAGCCGUGUACGAAAUCGCUCAGGUGAAAGCUCAGGAUGAGUGCUUCAAACAGAGGAACGCCCCCCUGCAGACAGUCGUCAAAUGCAUCAUCGGCUCAGCACGCUCUCUGGGCAUUAAAGUAGUCAACGAUCUUUCAGCAGACGAAUACAAAGAUUUCCUGGAGCAGAGGGAGGAGAAACUAAAAGCAGACGCUGCUGCAGCUGCAGCCGCUGCAGCUGAAGCUGCAUCCAGCAAGAAGAAAUAAGGACCUGCAAUGUUUCUGUUUGUUUUAGUUUUCUACAUUUAUCACCUUCAUGUUAACCCUGUGUUAAUAAACACUCAUUUAUAACACAG